AUGUCCGCCAUUGCGCUUGCCAAGCAAGCGUAUACCGCUCUCAACAGAGAGAAGCCGCACUCUUCUAUCACGGAUUGGGUGGAGAUCCUUACUUCGACCAACUAUGACGACGAAGCAUACGAUGGCAUACCGGAACUGGUCGAUUCGAUCAACAUCCAGGCUACAGGACCGACCGAAGCAUCUAGAGCAAUAAGGAAGAAGCUGAAGCACGGGAACGCACAUCAGCAAUACCGUGCUCUGGUCAUCCUGAAGGCACUCGUUGAGAAUGGCGGGGACAAAUUCCAGACAUCGUUCGCGGACUCCCAGCUCGUAGACGCGCUCAAGAUGCUCGCCGCCGAACCUACGACGGACCCCAAAGUUAAGAAGAAACUAUCCAUGGUCCUGCUAUCAUGGCAUGCACAGUUCAAGGACGACUCGUCGAUGCACUAUGUCGCGAAUCUCUACAAGACAUGUGGUGUCAACUUGCCCGGACAGCGAGCGCCGAAGCGUUCCUCUGCGACGUACGGCUCGGACUUCGCAGGCUACGGCCCUGAGUAUGAGGCUGAGGAGCGGCAGAGAAGAUUGGACAGGGAACGGAGGGAACGAGAGAUGGAAGAGAAGAGGGAGAGGGAGAGGGAUGAGAAACGCAAGAGGGAAGAGGAAAAGCUGAAGGCUAAGCAGGACAAGGCCCUGGAGAAGGCUAAGCGAAAGCAGGAGGAAGAAGCGAGACGACGAGGGGUGAAGAGGAAGCCGUUCAAUUUCGAAGAGGAGAAGCCGCAGGUCCUGACUGCCAUUGCCGGAGCGUCCCAAGCAUCGAUCAACUUGGUCAAUGCUAUUACGCUCGUCAACACGGAGACCGACAGUGUCCAGAGUAACGAGCGAGUACAGGAGUGCCUCGGCAAGGCGAAGAUUGCUAGGAAGCAGAUUGUGAGAUACAUCCAGCUCGUGGAGAACGAAGACAUGAUCGGUACGCUCAUCGAGGCAAAUGAUCGAAUUAUUGCUGCAAUCGAGAUGUACGAUACUCUCUCGAAACCCGUCGUGACAGAACAAGACGUCCAGAACGUGCAGGAAGGUCUUGCCGCAGUCAAGAUCAAGGACUCGGAGCUCGGCAGGCUGCAAGAGAAGCAACGCGCUGCUGUGCAGCGUUCACUCGGGCGGUCAGGCUCGAACAUCGCUAUCAGGGGCAACCCGGACGUGGGCCAAUCCUACGUUCGUGACUUGCAGGAUCUGAGUUUCGGGCCUCUGGGCGCCGAACAGGGCCUCCCACCGCCCAUUCGUCCGUCGGCUGCCCGUCGUACGUCUUCCGACGAGAGUGACAACUAUGGUCAUCGCGGCUCGCUUUCUGAUUAUAGCGACUACGUGCCUUCUGACGAGGAGACUCCCAACCGCGCUUCUACGUCCUCCCGCGCACGAGGGUACGCGGCCGCAUCGACCAACGCCGAGGGAUACCACAAGAAGCCCGUGGCUGCACAAGAACAAGAGGAUCCUUUCGCUGAUCCUUUCGCUGACUAA